AUGUGGAACAAGAUCCCCGGCCGUUUUCCAAGUGCCAACUGGAUGGAGUUCUACAUGCGACCGGAGUCGCGCAUGGGCGACAUUGGUGAGGAGCCUCUCGUGGAUCCUAACAUCGAGCAAUUGCGCCAGUUGCAAGAUGAGUUGCGAAAGCUGGAAGGUCCAUCCAAGGAAGACAUCGAGGCUUCCAAGGCUGCGGCUCAGAAGGUGCCGGGCAAGGCCGAUGUUCCGACUUUAGGGGAAGAGGCCCGAUUUCCCAAACUGGCUGAGAUCUCAGCCGGACGUGACUUGCCCUUCUUCUCACGGGCGGAGGUGGCCAAGCACAACUCCGCGGAAGAGCCCUACAUGAUCAUCCACAACCGUGUCUACAAUGUCAAGUCGCUCCUGGGAAGCCAUCCAGGUGGUGAUGACGUUUUACUGUCCAAGGCGGGCACUGAUGUGACCAAGGACUUUGAGGUUUUUGAGCACUCAGAAAAAGCACGUAUCCAGCGGGACCGUGACAUGCUAGUGGGGCAGCUGGUCCCAGCAGAGAGUGCCGACUGGAACGCAGAGACUGCCGUUGCCCAGGUCGUCGGCGAGGCGCCCUCAGAGUCUACACGCUACAUGCGCUACAAAGCCGUCGAUGCCACCAUCGCCAUUGUAGGCUGGUACCUGUACAAGACCCUCCAGAACCGCAAGCCGCUGUCCCAGUUCACCUACAGCCGCGCUUUGCGACAUAUGCACCUCAUCAUGGCCGUGGGCAUCUUUGGCGCGGUGGGAACUGCCCAGGCAGCCUCCAGGGCAGAGGGCCAGACCCGGAAGCAGCUGCUGUGGUGGCACAAGCAGACGGGUGUGGCAAUGCUGGUGGCUUUGCUCUUGCGUGUCUUCUUCCGGCUGCGCAGUGGCAUCCCGCCUCGUUUCCCUGGCCACCCGAUCGUGCAGAUGAUCGAGACGCAGAGCCUCCGGGCCUUCUACGCCCUGGCAUUGAUGCUGCCGGUGUCCGGCAUUGCGAACGAGUACUUCCUGAAGUGGGCUCCAGGCUCUGAAACGACAGGAAAGGAGGAGGACGACCAGAGAAACGACCGACUCGCCAAAAAGUCCAUCGACGCUCACAAGGUUCUCGGUAAGCUUCUGCAGUACGCGUGGCUUCCAUUCCAUUUGGGAUACACGACCAUGUACCACUACAGCCAGGGACGAGGCGUUGUGAGGAAGGUGUCGCCCUUCAUCUGA